CAUAAUACAAAAAAACAAACUCAUCAGAAGAAUUGUUUAACUUCUCCCCACUCUUAAAUUGUUGAGUUCUUUGCUUGCAUAUUCCAUACGUACCAUGGAUUACAGAUCACCUAUGGAGUCAUCGGAAACCCUAAGGAACAAGUGCGCAGCUUGUUAUAGGCAAUUCAACAAAAUGGAACAUUUGGUGGAACACAUGAAGAUCUCUUAUCACUCCGGUCAUGAGCCUACUUGUGGAGUUUGCAAGAAACAUUGCCGAUCUUUUGAGUCCCUCCGCGAACAUCUCAUAGGACCAUUGCCAAAACAAGAAUGCAAGAAUAUUUUUAGCCUUCGCGGAUGCAGAUUCUGCAUGAUGAUCCUCGAAAGCCCUAACGCUCGUAGGAUUCAUCAAGAGAGAUGUCAAUUUUCGAGCGUCAAUGCUGGAUUGACGACUCGUAUGGCAGCCUUAGGCCUAAGAGAUAAAGUCAUGAUCGACUACACGUCAUCACGGUCUCCAAAAAUGGUUGCACUCUCUUGCAAGAUGGUAGGAGGAGGAAGCGACGGGUCGUUGGAUGUAUGCGCAAGGGUUUGCAUAACGGAUGAGAACGACAACGUUGUGUUCCAUACGUACGUGAAACCGUCAAUGGUCGUGACGAACUAUAGGUACGAGACGACUGGUAUACGUCCAGAGAAUCUGAGGGACGCAAUGCCGUUGAAACAUGCACAAAGAAAGAUUCAAGAAUUUCUUUGUAAUGGAGAACCCAUGUGGAAGAUUCGUCCAAGAGGUGGGAAAGGGAGGAUUCUCGUGGGACAUGGGCUGGAUCACGAUCCUGACCGCCUUCAACUUGAAUAUCCUUCUUCCAUGAUGAGGGAUACUGCAAAAUAUCCUCCGUUGAUGAAAACAAGCAAGCUGAGCAAUUCUCUCAAGUACUUAACCCAAGCCUAUCUCGGGUAUGAUAUUCAUGUUGGGAUACAAGACCCAUACGAAGAUUGUGUAGCGACGAUGAGGCUUUACACGAGAAUGAGAUAUCAGAAACAUAAGAUUGAAGCAUAUCCUUUACCAGCCGACGUGCAGAACCGUAGCAAUCAAGUGGCUUGGAGGCAGAGCGAGGUCGAAAGGAUGUCUCCUAAUGAAAUGCUCUCCAUCUCUCGCUCCGACUACUAUUGCUGGUGCUUGGACUCCCUCGCUUGAUUCCUAAAACUAUGGGGUUAAUUUGGGAAUCUCUCAUAAUUACUUCAUAAACUUUUUCGAGAUUUUAAUUUAGUAGCGUAAAGUCGAAUAAGCAUUAAUUCUGAUUUUCUAAUAGUAUCUAAAUUAAUUUUAUAGUAUGUGUCGUGUGAGAUGCGAAUGUUGUUCCUGUACUUCUAAU